UCCCUCCGCUCCACCAUCACCGCCUGCUCCAGACGUCUCUGCGCUCAUAGCCCGCUUCACUGGUCUCUUGCCCCUCCGUGCUGCUCUAUUUUCGCUUCGUCCCUCUCGAUCACUCAGCCCGCGAUGGAGGCAGCGUCCCAAGCGCGUCGCGCGCGUCUCGAGGCGCUCAAGAAGCGCAAGGCCGGCGGCGACGCAGCCGUGCCCGCUGCUGCGCAGGAGGGCGAGGAUGGUGCUGCAGACGGAGAAGUGGAGCCCGAGGCACUGGACACAGCCAGCCUGGUGCGCACCUUUCGCAACUACGACCGCGCCACGGGCCAGGCGAAGCGCUUCCGCGCGGACAUGGUGGGACAGGAGACAGUCGAGAAUGAGGUCAAGGGCGUGCAAGAGGGGGUCAUUGCGAUGGACGAGCUGAAGCGGCAAGAAGACUUGGAUCUCACCAACAUUGCGCCGCGGAAGCCAAAUUGGGAUCUGAAGCGGGACAUGGAGAAGCGCCUGGCGAAGCUGGAGCGGCGAGACAAGGAGGCGCGUCUGAUUCUGAUACGGCAGCGAGUACAGGCCUCAGCAGGCUCCGGCGCUGCAGGGCAGCUCUCGGCGGCCGAGGCGGAGCUGGCGGCUUCGGCUGUGGGCGCGGGCGUCGGCGGCGCGGGCAUGCUGGAGGCAGGAGCGGGGAGCGACGACGACGAGGCUGACGAUGAAUGAUACCUCAUGGAGCCAU